GUGACUGGUAAUAAAUUAAAGAUAAAUCAACCAGGAAGUAUAAACACCAAACCGAAAGUACUUCCCAGGUGAAUAUCGGGGUGGGGGCCAUGGAUUCCGUGUCCAUCGACAGCGAUCGGAUAUAAAAGGUAGAUUAUAGAUACGCAAUGGCCACGCCCACCACCCAAGCACAGGAGGUCAUCACCUGUGACCUCUGUACCAAUCCAACCCGAAAAUUCUGUAACAACUGUCAAGUUAGUUUGUGUGCAGAUUGCAUCAAUAAACAUGUGGAGAAGCUCGACUCCCUACCACAUGACAUCGUUCCUUUCAAAGACAGAAAGGUAGCUAUUCCUGAGUGUGAAUUUCACUCCAACCAGAGAUGUGAGGCCCACUGCCAACAAUGUGAUGUUCCAGUUUGCCUGAAAUGUAUUUUUGGUCCCCAUAAUGGACACAAAGUCAAGGAUAUGCCGGAAAGUUUUAAUGACAAGAAAAAGCAACUUGAAAAGGAAACCAAAGAAAUUGAAUCCACCAUUAUUCCACAGUACAAGAAGAAAAAUGAAGAAACAGAGAGCAAAAUAUCCAUUAUAAUGGCCAAAUUUGAGGAACUGGACAAAGAAAAAGAAAACCAUAGAAAGUUCUGGCACCAAGAGGUCGACACCAUUUUUAACACACUUGGGUCUUUGAUUAAAUUCAAGAAAGAGAAUCACCUGGCUGCUCUAAAAUCCCACCAAUCCAAAAUAAAUAAUUGUAUUCCAGACAUGAUCCAAACAGUUCAACAAAAUAAGAUGAUUAUGAAAUCAAAAAAAGUGUCUGCAAUCACCAACUACAAAUCCAAACUACAGGAAUACAGGAACAUGCCUACUGAUAUUGAUGUCAAACUGCCAACACUCAAAACCAACACAGUCCAAGGGAGAGAACUCAGCCUGGAAUUAGGAGAAUACAAGGCUAGCCUGACACAGACAACACUGUCCAGUCUGACAGAGGAAGUCUCCUAUUUAUCUUUACAAAAGCUGUUAGAGCAAGCCAAAUCAAUUACAACCAUUCCUACUGGAGUUAAUCCUCUACACCAUGUUGCCUGUGUGGGAGUGGAUGAGGCCUGGGUUAGUGGUGGAGAUAAAACCAUAAGACGUGUUGAUAUACACGGGUCUGUACGGGACACUGUCACCACCACAUGUCAAUACUGCCCUAAUCACAUCACAGUGACCAGACAGGGAGAACUGGUGUACAGUGAUGGUGACAGUAGAACAGUGAACAUUGUCAGACACGGGAGAUCAGAGACACUGAUAACCAUACCACAGGGCUGGCAUCCAGGCAUAUUAUGCUGUACUAAGUCAGGGGACAUCCUGGUCAGUAUGUAUACUACUGAUUUUAGCCAACGUAAAAUUGUCCGUUAUCAGGGACACACAGUGAAACAGGAAAUAGAUAGAGAUGACGAUGGAGAACCAAUCUAUAAAGGAGGGAAAUACCCACUGUAUGUGGUGGAGAACAACAAUGGAGACAUCUGUGCCUCUGAUAAUAAUGCUGACACCGUGGUCGUGGUGAACAAGUCAGGAAGAGUCCGAUUCCGAUACGACGGUACACCAGCCAGGAGGAAGAAGUCAUUUAAUCCUGUACCUAUAGUGACAGACUCCAUGAGUCAGAUCAUUGUGGCAGAUAUCAACAAUGACUGUCUACACAUCCUGGAUCAGAACGGACAGUUCCUGAGAUGUGUGGACAAUUGUGGACUAGAUAAACCUCAGGGACUGAGUGUGGACAGUGAGGGGAGGUUGUGGGUAGGGUUAUAUAAAUCAGGAGAAGUGAAAGUGAUUCAGUACAUGAAAUAAACACACACUGUUUACAACGUGUAAUAUACAGACAUCAGAUGAUGACAAAGUUCAGACAGUGCAUUAGUUCAUUGAGAUAUAUAAAUCCUAAUCACGGUAUUACUGACAGAACUGGCAUGAGAGUCCAAUGUUACAUCUCCUUAGUUUUAUAUACAAUUCAUGUAUAUUAUUAUAUAUGAUCUAUCAGAAUCAAGUUCACAUGGACAACCCAAAACAAACACAUAUAUACUCGUGUAAAACAAAACUAUCUUCAAACCCCCUAAAUCCUGUAGGUAUAAUUGCUACAUAUGUUAAAGAUGUGAUUGGAUAUUCAUAUGUUUUACAUAAUGUUAAACAUGAUUUUAUAAUCAUAUGGUGAACAUAUGUUUUGAAAGUAUGUUUAACAUAUGUUUGAAACAGGUUGACCAUACUUCAAACAUUUGAUCAGAGACACAUGUCUUUGGUGUGAUUUACACAAGGUGAAAAAUUCAUAUGUUAAACAUAUAUGAUUAACAUAUGCAAUUUUGAACAAGUCAUUAACGUACAGUCAAAAGGGGGGGGGGGUCUAGAUCUAUUUUUAGAAAGAUUUUUUUCCUAGAAAAAUAGUUAAAGUUCAAUAAUUUGUUAUUAAGCAUGCCACGUGUGUGAGCCACAUCAACGGAAUGCGGGAUGACCUAGCUUGAUCAAAAUGAUUGUCAAUAAUUAUAAUUCUCCGCUCAUUUUGCCCCGAUGCAUUUAAUUUUAUUUUAGAUUGCCUAAUGUGAAACCUUCUGCAAAAUCUAAAGGGUCCAAUUCAAAAUCAGUAUGUUGAGAUAAAUUCUAUUUACCAGAUUCACAAAAUAGAAAUAUGAACAGGCAUAAUCUAAAUUGUGGUUUUAUGCCUGUCCACUUCUCUAUUAAAGAGAAUAAGAUAUUUGUGUUAUCUAAAUGAUGUAUCAGUAACCAAAACUUGUCGAAUCUUUUUUAUAACGAAUUCUAAACUGAUUUUAAAAAGAAUGAAGGAAUGAUAAACAUGUAAUAUACAUAUAUAUUUUAAAUUUUCCAUAAUCAGAAAGACAAGCACCUAUGAUUCUUGACUGUCAUUUCUAACCUUAUUAACCAGAUUUCGUACCGUGUCAAAUUCUCCAAGACUAUUUUCCCCUUCAAAUAAUAUUACAGAUGUAGCGUAGUGGAAUCUGCCGGGCUGACCGGAGCUUGCUUAUUUACAUCUAGGUCACCUGCUGAUACUACACUGGCGAUAUGUCACAUUCAGGUAACGUCAAUGGACUAUUGCUCUUUAGGAAGAGUUACUUCCCCACUUUAUUGUAGUAGGUCAACAUUUUCAAGUAAUAAAGGUUUUCAUAAUGGUAAA